CUGACCUUUGGAAGUAGGUUCACGCCCACAACAUCACUGCAACCUCCACCAUGGCAGACACCACUCCACCACCGCCCGUCUUCAAAAAGCGCGCCAAGACUGCCAACAUUCGCAAACGACCCGCGACGCCUCCGCCCGAAGACGACCUCUCAGAGGACUCCGACUACACUGACGAUGAGCAGGGCGCACGAAUCAAGCGUCGCAAAAAGGAAGGGGUCAACAUCACCGCAGAAGCUGCCACGCGAGACGUCGUCACGAGCAAAUACACCGCUUUCCAAGCAGAUCGCUCCACCACCUUUUCCGCCAACGACGAUGCCACCAAGGCCUCCAACUGGUACACAGAUGCCGCUCUGGCUGCGAAAGAUGGCUCGAACUCAAAGCCUGCCACUGAAACUGUAGUGCCUGAAGCUACCGAUGGCACAUAUCAAGGCACAGCAAAGUACUCCACAUUCAUCCAAAAGAAUCCCGAAAAGAAGCAGUUGGGACCGCAGAAAGCUCCCACCAAUGUGCGCGCCAUCACCGUUACGGACUUCGCCCCAGACGUGUGCAAGGACUAUAAGCAAACAGGAUUCUGCGGUUUUGGGGAUAGCUGCAAGUUCUUGCACGCUCGAGAAGACUACAAGCAAGGCUGGCAGCUUGACAAAGAGUGGGAAAAGGCUGGCAAGAAGGACAAGAAACCCGGUGCUGGAACAGAUCCAAAUACGGAAGGCAUGGACGACGAAGAAAAGAUGCUCAUGGAGAUUCCUUUUGCUUGCAUUAUCUGCAAGGAAAGUUACAAGAAUCCUGUCGUGACGAAGUGUGGCCACUACUUUUGCGAAAAGUGCGCCAUGACGAGGUACAUGAAGCAUAAGAAGAAACAAUGCGCCAACUGCGGAUCGGACACGCAAGGGAGCUUUGGUGUGGCGAAGAAGUUGAAGGAUCUGCUGGCCAAGAAGAAACUACGCGAGCAGGAGAGGGCGGAAAAGGAGGUCAAUGAAGCUGGUGGUGACUGAACAACUGUUGAAUUUCUGCAUACGGUCACAGAGCCAUCCCGAGGGACGUAACUGAGCACAGUGAAGCAAGCAACAUCUCUUCUGCCCAGACUCGGAGUCCAGGCUAGCAGAGUGGGCUGAACGCUCCUCAGGUAUGCUUCCCGGCGACAGGAGCUCUGGCUACGAGACAACCAUCUGAACUCAUCCACAUGUAUCGAAAUGUCAGCCAAGACAGUAUCAGAUGGCUUCAGUUGACACGCCCAUUCAAGAUGUGUCGCUCCCCUUCAUACACCACCAGUGUUGCCGGUCUGGGAAAAUGUGGCAGCGACUGAGCACGUUGUCUCGGCGAGGAUGCCAUGUCCUUCGCUCAUCCGAUAAGACACACCUGCUGUGGGAAGCUGCUUAUAUUCGUGGAUUUCCUUAGGGAAAGGCUCAGCACAGACACCACACUGUUCACGACCAAAACAGAUACACAUCACGCGAACUCAAUUGCCCUGACCAACAACAAAGCCCUGCAUCAUGGCCACACAGAGUAUCGACGCUCGCGAGAUGCAGCACCCUACUGGAAAGCAAGCCCAGAUCAAGAAACAGGUCGAUUCCAUGCGUGGCGAGAUUCCUAGGUUCCUUUUCCGCUAUUGGAACAACCAGUCUGGCGGCAGUGCAGCACUCAACACCAUCGAUGCCGUUACUCCACUUGCAUUUCUAAAGACGCCAGACCUGCCGUCUUUUCGGGAGACGCCACUCGAUAAGCUCAGGCGCAUAACAGAAUUGCAUCUCGCAGCCCAUAGCAGGGUCACGACCGUCUACUCGUCUUGGUCUCAAUCACUAUCUGUGGUGAUCGCAAUGGCCGGAACUGGCAUCGGUAACGCACACAUCAGCAUUCUCGAUACCCAAGGCUUACCGGAGCGCAACGUAGUCCUGCAUACCGAGCAUGCCCGUCAGCUUUUCAACACGCCAGUAUGGGAUUACGAGUUUCUUGUUUUCGGAACCAUCAGUGGCAAGCACUACAAAGCCGUAGCUUUUCAGGAGUUUCAACAUUAUCUGCCGAUGUCAUCUCACCCAAGGCCCCCUGUCAACGUAAUAGCCAAGGAAGCAAUUCGGGUCGCCGAAAAAUUCGGUCCCGAUUUUACUCUAGUUGUCGCUACGUAUCUGCUCUCGCCAAUCUUGCAAUUGUGCAACAUGGGGGUCAUUAUGAGGGCGCUAUCUGACCUUCCGUGGCCGCACACAUUUGCGGUCAAUAGCAAUGUCGCUUCGGUCACCGAUCCCUCCGAAAAGUCCUAUUUCAAUGUCGUCGAUGCUUGGAAAGCAGCUGAGACAUUGCAGGAUCUGGCACUUCAUCAAUAUUGCCGCUCUGACUUGUUCCUGGGGGUCAGCGAGCAGAUGAAACAGAAGCUGAGCAGGACUUUGACUUCACGGCCAGGGAAGUGGAUGUCGAGACCAAGUGCUCCGCCGAUGCCUCAGUCAAGUACGAGGAUGAUCCUCAGAAGCAACAGCUCGGUUAUGGCUUCGUCCCGACUCUCUCGGGAGGUAAAGAAUCUCUACAUUGACAUGGUAGGUUGGAAAGACAACAAUGACCACAUUGCCGAGUGCUUGAAGGAACUCAGUCUGGCCAGCGUGUAGUAGGAGGAUAUUAAACCAACCGCGUGUAUACUGAAGAGGUAGGUUGAAAAUAAGUAUGGCUGGGCCACUGUAUGGUACGAGGAGAUGAUGAAUUGGCCCAUUCUUCUUUAAUUAUCAUAUCAAAGCCGAAGAACCCAAUAACAGACCACAAGGCCGGACGUAGCAGUCUCCAAUCCCCACGCUGAAUCCCAAGACGCAAAC